GGUUCUAAAAAAACAUUGGUUUUGAGUCUUGGCCUGUGCGCUCCGCUUCAUCACUUGCCUUCGUCUUGCUCUGCUGCUGCUGCUUGUGCUCGCUGACCCAGAAACGAGAUCAUCGUUAAGAUCUGAGAAAACGGAAAACACAGCAAUGGAGAGUAGCGAGGAAGAAGAUGACUUUCCUUCCAUUGAAGGCAUAAUCCCGCAGAGCAAGGUUGACUCCCUCUACCAGUCCCACACUGAAAAGGGGAUUAGAAAGCUUUGCUGUGAGCUCUUAGAUCUGAAGGAUGCUGUGGAGAACUUAUGUGGCAAUAUGCACUCAAAGUUCCUGUCUUUCUUGAGGAUAUCUGAAGAGGCAGUGGAGGUAAAGCAUGAAUUGAUUGAGCUGCGAAAGCAUAUUUCAGCUCAAGGUAUUCUAGUACAGGAUUUGAUGACUGGUGUCUGCCAUGAAUUAGAAAAAUGGAACCAGUCAAGCAAUGAUUUUGAUCAAAUUCAGCAAGAACCUGAAAUAUGUGAACUUCUUGAACCCUUAACAAAUGAAAGACAUGACCACAAAACAGUAUUUUUGGAGAACAUUGAUGUUCUCUUGGCUGAACAUAAGUUGGAAGAAGCAUUGGAGGCAAUGGAUGCUGAAGAAAAGAAUUGUGCAGAGCUAAAAGGCUCAGGGAACUUGUCAGAUGAAGUUUCCUCAUAUAAGCUGGCUUUCUUGGAAAGAAAGGCAAUGCUUGAGGACCAGCUGGUUGCAAUUGCGGAACAGCCUUCCAUUAGCUUUCAUGAACUGAAGAAAGCCUUGUCUGUUUUAAUCAGACUUGGAAAAGGACCUCUAGCAAACCAGCUACUUCUGAAAUUUUAUGGGUCUCGCCUCCAAAAGAGGAUAGAGGCCUUGCUUCCCUCUUGUUCUCUAUGUCCUGAAAUGUUUUCUUCUACACUAGCUAGGCUUGUUUUUUCUGUAAUCUCAAUGGCAACAAAGGAAUCUGCUUCAAUUUUUGGAGACAAUCCUGUUUAUACCAAUAGAGUUGUUCAGUGGGCAGAGUGGGAAAUUGAAUAUUUUGUACGAUUGGUAAAGGAGAACUCACCCCCAUCUGAGACUAUUUCUGCCUUACGUGCUGCAAGCAAUGGCAUUCAAGCUAGUCUGAACUAUUGUUCAAUGUUGGAGUCCCAAGGACUGAAAAUGUCCAAGUUAUUGUUGGUGCUUUUGCGUCCUUCUGUAGAGGAAGUUUUAGAAUCUAAUUUUAGACGUGCUAGAAGAGUAGUUCUUGGCUUGACAGAAUCUGAUGAGUGCUUCCCAUUGUCACCACAAUUUGCAUCUUCGUUGUCUGCAAUAGUAUCAUCAUCUAGUAGCAUUCUUGUUGACAGUGGAAUGCGUUUUAUGUACAUAACCAAGGAGAUAGUGGGACAGUUGAUGUCGAUGGCCAUUUUGCAUUUUGGAGGAAGUGUACUGAGUAGAAUUUCUCAGCUAUUUGAUAAGUACAUGGAUGCUCUUAUCAAAGCUUUGCCAGGUCCUUCUGACGAUGAUAAUCUUCUAGAGCUGAAAGAGGCUACGCCUUUCAGAGCUGAGACAGACUCAGAACAACUUGCAGUAUUGGGAGUUGCAUUUACUAUUUUAGAUGAACUGUUACCAAAUGCUGUAAUAUCAAUGUGGAAGCAACAAAAUGAAAGCAAUGAACCAAAGAGUGCGAAUUCUGAGACUGUUGUUCCUAACACUAGUAUAGAAUUGAAGGACUGGAGAAAACAUCUUCAGCAUGCUUUUGACAAACUUAGGGAUCACUUCUGCAGGCAGUAUGUGUUGAGUUUCAUUUAUUCACGAGAAGGAAAAACUCGACUGAAUGCCCAAAUUUACUUAAGUGAAAACCGAGAAGAUCAUUAUUGGGACUCUGAGCCUCUGCCUUCGCUUCCAUUUCAGGCAUUAUUUGCAAAGCUUCAACAAUUAGCCACUGUGGCUGGAGAUGUGUUACUUGGGAAAGAGAAAAUACAGAAAAUUUUACUUGCUAGGUUAACAGAGACCGUUGUAAUUUGGUUAUCAGAUGAGCAAGAGUUCUGGGGUGUGUUGGAGGAUAAUUCAGCACCUCUACAGCCACUUGGCUUACAGCAGUUGAUUCUUGAUAUGCACUUCACUGUUGAAAUCGCAAGCUUUGCGGGAUAUCCAUCUCGACAUGUGCAUCAAAUAGCAUCAGCUGUAAUUGCUCGCGCUGUCAGGACCUUCUCUGCUAGGGGCAUAGAUUUACAGAGUGCACUUCCUGAGGAUGAAUGGUUUGUGGAGACAGCAAAGUCUGCAAUAAACAAGUUGUUGCUGGGGGCAUCUGGGUCUGAGACAUCCGAUAUAGAUGAAGACCACAUAAUCUUAAAUGAAGAACUUGUAUUCGAUUCAGACUCUGCGUCAUCCCUUUCUUCUUUGGAAUCUACAGAGUCUUUUGCUUCUGCUAGAGCUAGCAUUGCAGAACUGGAAAGCCCGUCUGGCCUGUCUGAUGCGGAAAGCUAAUUAAACUUUUCUACUUGGAAAGCUGAUCUGUUUUUAACUUUCAGAUUGAAAUACAUCGAGUUGCGAUUUGCGGUGUACUCAAUAGGAUACAUAAAAUUUGGUGUAGAACAUAAAUUUAUAGGCUAAAUGAUAUCACAAGCUAGAAGGCUAUGCAUGCAUGAAUUCUCCAAAA